ACAAAGAAAGAAAAUCAUAUCUUAUAGUGUAGAGUAUAAAAUAUCAGAAAAUACCGACAGUGCGACACAGACCACGCCUGUAUGCUCACUAAAAUUCUGAAGAAUCUGAAAUUUUCAUUUAUUCUUCUGAAGUAAUUUUUAAUUUACUAAAAAAAUGUCGAAACCCGUAAUGGUGAAUUUGAAUUUCAAUAAUGGAAAUCAGGCGCCGAUUUUAGGCCUCGGAACAUGGAAAUCAACAGCAAAUGAAGGUGUAGAAGCUGUGAAAAAUGCAAUUGACGUUGGAUACAGACACUUUGAUUGUUCUCCAAUUUAUGAAAACGAAAAUGACGUUGGCAAAGCUAUAAGUUCAAAGAUCGACGAGGGGAUUAUCAAGCGGGAUGAUGUUUUUAUCACCUCCAAACUCUGGUGCACGAAGCACAAGCCGGAACUUGUUGAACCAGCUCUGAGAAAAACUCUAAAUGAUCUCGAUCUUGAUUAUUUGGAUUUAUAUUUAAUUCAUUUUCCAAUGGCUUUCCAAGAAGGUGAAGUGGCAUUUCCUUCAGAUGAAAAUGGAUUGUCAAUUGACAGCGAUGUGGAUUACGUGGACACGUGGAAGGCAAUGGAAAAAUGCGUUGAAAUUGGACUGGUGAAAAAUAUUGGCGUAAGCAAUUUUAAUUCAAAGCAAAUUGAAAGGAUUUUUUCAGUUUGCAAAAUAAAACCAGUUGUCAAUCAAGUUGAAUGCCAUCCAUAUUUGGCUCAAGUGAAAUUAUCCGAAUUUUGUAAAUCCAAUGGAAUCGUUAUCACGGCUUACAGUCCUUUUGCUUCUCCCGAUAGACCCUGGGCGAAACCCGACGAUCCCGAACCACUGAAAGAUGAAAGAAUUAAAAACAUUGCCGAUAAAUACAACAAAUCUCCGGCGCAAAUUCUUCUUCGUUAUCAGGUUCAACGAGGCCACAUCGUCAUUCCAAAGUCUAUUAGCAAACAACGUAUGCAAGAAAACUUGUCGAUUUUCGAUUUUGAAUUAAAUAAAAACGAUAUUCAGGAAAUUCAUACAUAUGAUAAGAAAAUGAGAGUCUGCAGCAUGGCCAUGGCCGUGAAAAAUAAACACUAUCCAUUCAACGAGGAAUUUUAACAAUCGAAUUCAGGAGUUUGGCCUCAUCAUUAAUUAAGUUUAUAAUUUUUUUACAAAAAAAAUCUAUUUAAAGGAUGUAAUAUUUCUUGAAAGUGGAAAAUUAUUUUUUUCGUAAGCAA